AAAGAGUGAGGAGGGACAGAGGAGGAUGCGUGGGACAGCCCUGAAGGGACACCCGAGCUGUCCCACGAAAAGAGCUGGGAAGAGACACCUUCUGAACUACAGGACCGGGUUUCCUCAUGGGAGAAGGAGUCAGUGGAACUCCCCCGACAACAACCUGCUUGUUGCUCCUCCUCUCCUCGCAACCAGCUCUCAUCCCCACCCUUCUCCACCUCUCCUUCCUCCUCCUCCAUCCUCUCUCCGUCUCUCAUUUGAUCCCAUCCCUCAUUCCCUGCACCACAGAGGGAGAGCUGUAGCUGAGAGCAAGAGCCUGGGAGAUACAGCCGCGGUGCAGGCAGCGAGAAAAUAAAGAAGGGUCAAAAGAGGAGAAGGAGAAGCAGAAUCAGUGAUGGCGUUAUCCUGGUGUCCCUUUGCAACUUUGAUGCUGGUUUGGGGAUCUUUGACGCCCCAGGUUCACCCGGCACUCGCACCGGAGAACGAGGUUCCUCUUCGCUCAACCACAUGGUUACCAGAGGGAAAGAUCAUGACAGUAACUCUUCCAAAAGGACGAACUCGAAGGUUAUAUUUCACGCUGAAGAAGAAGACCUCUGCGAUGUCGGUGACUGUGAGUCCCUGCAGCCUCCCCAUUGAAUGGAGCCUGGCCGCUCGCACUCUGAAGGACAAACCGCUCAAAAACCUGCAAUGGAGCACCAAGAAAAGCACGCCUGAGGUGUGGUGGCGAGGGCCUGGCACAGAAGAGAAAAUCCACAGCUUCACCGGUGAUACAGUGGACACUUACAACGGCACUUCACAUCUCAGUGCUUCUGUCUAUGUCGUGAGGCUGCGUUCGAAACAGCAAAGCACUAGAGCUACAGUUUUCCUCCACGAAGGCCAAGGGCCUUCAGGCAUAUUCCCUCGACUACCAGCUGACCCACGAGUUCACACGUUAGGAGUUGGUAUGACCAGUGUUACCCUCAGCUGGCAGCCCAGUUCCUCCAUAACAAGCCUCCCAAAGGCGAAAAACAGUUACGAUUAUUGCGUCCUUGUUAACUCUCUGCAAAACUACCACAGCCUCUGUGCUGCUCAAAAGAGGGAGAGAGGGGAGAAAGAUCAGAGUCAAGGCAAGAAGGAGAAAAAGAGACAAGCAACACCAUGGCCAAUCUUAAAAGAGUGGUGGUGGGAGCAGUGGGAGAGCUAUCCCGAGUCCCAGAGUUCGCCAUCUUCACUUGCUGAUGAUUUUGAUAAUCUUCAGUGCGUGUGUCAGGGGACGGAGAACGUUUGCACGGUCUCUGAGCUCCUGCCUGACACCUCAUACUACUUUGACGUUUUUGUGUUAGAUAAGGUGAAUGGGACCAGCGCAGCGUACAAGGGGGCUUUUGCGCGGACACAUGAGGAAGCUCGAGCUGCAGUCGUGCCGCUGAGGGAAGGAGAGCUAAGGUGGGUAACCUUUCAGGACGGAGGCUCCGACUCGCAGCAGUUGUUCAGUUUCCGUCCACGGGGAUGGCAGCAGAGUGGCCUCCUCACCUUGCAGAGCUGUGGUGGGGGUGAAAAGAUGAAGGUAACUGUCUCCAGUAAGGGACGGGUUUUGGCCACUCAGGGUGUGGAAGCAGAGUUAAUUCACAUUUGGCUCCAAGGAAGUCCUUCCUAUCUUAUCCACUUGCAACAAGAAGGAACUGCAACUAGCAAAGUAACUUCUGUUGAAGACUCAGCUCUGAAAGCUUCGGUUAAAAUGCAAGUUUCAUCCGCCUACCAUCGCAGAGGGGUCCCAUCUCUACCGUCCACCUUGCAGAUAAAAUCUUUCAACCGGCUGCGAGGUUGCAACAGCGUCACCCUGGCCUGGAUGGGAACAGAGGAAAGAAGUCUGUACUGUGUAUACCGCAGAAAGCUCAGUAGCUUUGAUGCAGAAACUGGGGGAACAUCAGCUCUGACCGCACCCUGUCUGGGUCCAGAGUCUCGCUCUGACACCGAAAGGGUUCUCUGCAAGUAUUUCCAAGAGUUGAAUCCUCGACGGGCCGUGACUACAGCUGUGAUCGGGGGUCUGGAGCCAGGAGUGGCCUAUGUGUUUGAUGUGUAUCUAAUGAGACGCUGGGGGAUCCCUAUCAAGUAUGCCAGCAAGAUGGUGAAGACCAGAAAGGAAUGCUGAGCUGCUGCCCCCUAGAGGAGCCUCACAAGUUGUCCCUGUUUAUGGGAACGUGCAUCAGCCCCAGACAUGCUGUAAAGAGACCAAGAGCUCAAGCCAUUUGAUUGUUGUCAGGAGGCAUUUUGCAACAAAAAAAAAAAAAAAGAGGAAAUGUUCUCUUGAAGAAAAAAAGUGGUCACAUGCAAACUCCACUUUGUAUGGCAAGAAUUAGGAAAGGAUGUACACACCAGCAAAAGUUCAUGACAUUUAUAAAACAACUUUUGUGCUCUUGUCAUUUUGUUCCUCGUUGCAGAUCAUCACAACAACAUGCCAGUCAUGCAGAUGUUUUUUUUUUUUUUUUUUUUUUUGCCUGUGCCCAGUUACAAUGGAUGGGCAAAGUUUGAGAUGACAGAAAGUCAUUAUAGAAACAACAAAGGAGACUGUGCCAAAGAUGCAACAGAAGCAGAUGGGGCAAUAAUGAGAGAAGAUCUGAGACGUAGGGAUUCGCAGCAUGCAUCUGCAGAGCUGCAUAUUGUACAAACUAAUAAACACAGGUGGAAAUAAUCUGAAGAUGCUAAAUUCAAAGUCUGUGUUUGUCUUUGUGUUCUGCUUUCGCAUGAAGCAGUGUGAAAUUUCUAGUGGCUUGCCUCAUUGUCUUUGAUGUAUUCUUGUGCUGCUUCAAAGUCAUCAAUAAAUACUAAGGUUUCUGUGUA